UCAGCUGCACAAUACUGUAAGCAUGGAGUCGAGCGGUUGACUGAGCUUUCUGACCAAACAGUGUUUUUUUUAAUCAAACUUUGGAUGUCGCAAAAAGGUCUGUUUGUUUUGGAGUGGAAGAGACCUCUGCGGAUAAUUCAGCUUGCAGUAAAAACUUCCUGAACAUCUGGAUCAGAAAUAAGGGGAACACGAAAACAAUGGAACCACAGACGAAACGCUGGAAAGGCUCUGUAUGUGACACUGACUCCUGGGUUGCUUAUCCUGUACUGUCAGAUGAGCAGUCACAAGACGUCAAGCUGAUAGAGGCAUUCGCUGCACCCAUUGUCAACAAGAAAGAGACAUCUCGACUUAUCCGCGAGCUGAGCAGCCUCUACCCACUGAAUGGCCUCCAGCACAUCAAGAGGGUGCGGGCAGUGAAGGAGAAAGGCAGCCCUCAUCCUCUGGAAGUCCUCGUGUGCCUCGUCAGUGAGGCACCAGAUGUGAAGGUGGUCAGCAUUGACUCUCUGCUCCCCUCAGGUGGAGUCAGAUGUGAUGGAUUAGGUGAGCCUUUUGUAGUAAAGGUCCCUGCACAUCCCCCCUUGACUCGACCCCAGUUUGAGCUCGCGAGCAAACACUGGCCCACCUCCUUUCAUGAGGACAAACAGGUGACUGUCGCCCUGCGAGGAGAGCUAUUCAGUCCGCCUCAGAAAGCCAGUAUGCAAAUGUACAUGAUGUCUGCUUUGACUGCUGCUACUGCAGGGAAUGAGUUAGGAAUGGAGGCAGUGGGGGCUGUGGUGGUCGACCCAGCAACGGAAAAAAUCAUUGCAGUAGGCCAUGACUGCAGAGGUGACCAUCCUCUUCAUCACGCAGUCAUGGUCUGCAUUGACCUCGUGGCUCGGAGCCAAGGGGGAGGAUGUUAUUCUUUUGACAGAUACUCUGCAUGCCGAUUUACUUCACCAAACUCAGACACCCUUCAAAGCAUUCCUGAUGCAGAGGUGGGCUCUCAACCGUACAUAUGCACUGGGUAUGACCUUUACGUGACCCGAGAACCUUGUGUUAUGUGUGCCAUGGCACUUGUACACUCCCGGAUAGGUCGUGUCUUCUAUGGGACUGCCUCUGCAGACGGGGCCUUAGGGACCAAAUAUAAAAUCCACUCACAGAAAGAUUUGAACCAUCACUUUGAGGUUUAUAAAGGAGUGUUGGAUAAGCAGUGUUACGAUCUCAACGGUCUGGAAAGCCACAUCAAAAGAGAGAGUUUACCGAAAAAAUAGUUAAAAAUGAUGUUUUAGGUGAGCAUUUUUUUAAAUAAAGUUUUUAAUCCAUUGGUCAUUGUAUCGAGAGCAUGUGUGUUGAUGAAAGCCAAUAAAGAGGUUCCCACCAUAGUGCUGACUUUCCCACAGCUGUUUGACAGUGACCUUUAAUUCACAGGUUUACUGGAAGAAUUAAAAAAAAAAAAGUGUUUUGUAAGAGUUUUAGUUCAUAGGUUCAGAUGAGGGAGCAUUUUUUACAUAUAAAUAUAAAAUCUUUUGCAAAUAGCUUAAUGAACUGAACUGUUAUUCCUUUACAUUUGGUAUUUAGCUGCAUUAUCCCCCUUCUUUAAUAGCUGCUGCUUCUUUGUGUUGAAGUUUUCACAUUUACAGUUGUUACCACCUACCAGCUCAAACAAAAACUAAGCAUUGUUCUGUCACAUUAACCUGCAGGGGAUGUCAGUCACACCAGAGUUUUUUCAAACACACUCAACUGUUAAAAAAUCAUCAGUAAGAUGGCUGCUUAAUUACAAAACAAAACCCAUAACUGUAUUUUCUUUAAGAUUUAAUAUUCCAAUAAACACUAUUAUAUUAGUUUAAUAUAAUUUCAAUGUAGGCUCUGGCUAUUGUGGUCCUUCUUUCAGCAAAACAUCAUGCAAAAAAUGCUAGUAGUAUGCUGAUGUCUCGGUAGCUAGCCAUCAUUACCUUGUUAUAGCUGAUUUGUGCAUGACACUUAUUUUUAUUACAUCACUACCCCCUUGUAACUGUACGGCAAAAAGGCAGAAAUGCAAAGGCGCACUCGCAACGGGGGUAAAAAUAAGGAAUGGAAUUGGGCCAAAGUGUUGGUAUUUGAUGACCUGGGAAUUAAUCUAAAAUCUUUCUCCAGAAUCUCAUACUGCACCUUCAAAGAUUAUAUGAAAUCUGACACUAACCAGCAACUUACAAAGCAUGUCAAAUUUUUCAUUCUACAUUGUGUACAACUUAAGUUACAUGGCAUUGUUAUGCAUUUAUGUGAUUGUUUCAAAGCUUUGUGUUAUUCCUGUGCAAUUUGUUGUAGUACUCUAUCAUUACAUAUAUUUUACUGUAUGUCAAACUCCCAGGUCAGGCGGGUGUGAUGCCUUUUCUUAUACAGCAAGGACUGUCAGUCUUACUUCUCAGGUUAAAAUUGGCUGUAAAAUAUGUUUUGUAUUCAACUUUAAAGAACACCAUGUGUAAAAUGACUUAAUAAUCUGAUAAAAUCCUC